UCAGCCCUCCAGUAAGGAGAAAGAGGUCUUUGUCCGGCAGCCCUUUAAGUUGGGGCCGGCCUGGCUUUCUGGUUCCUUCACUACUUGGGGCCGAACGGUAGAAGGUGUGUGUUGGGGUGGAAGCCUCAUCAUGCCAUCCGGUGCCAGCCUUCUGCUAGUGGCGGUAUGCUGUGUUGGAGCUUUGGGACAGACCCUGAGGCAGAAGAAAAUCAAUCACGGGGAAGAGAUUCACUUUCAGACAAAGGGCAAAGAUGCCUGUACUAUGCGGGUCAGCGAUCAGGGUGAAAUCCACCUGAGGCUUGAGUGCAGGAACCAGGGCCGGGCCUCCUGGUGUGAGUACAGUGGGAAGCCUGGGCUGUGUGGGGCCUUCAUCAGCAAUCCGACUCUCUACUGGAGCCAGGUGGUGCUGGGCUUGCGGAGGCUGAGUGAGCCCUGCCUGGCAGCCCCGGUGUUGAGGCCCAUGGUGUGCCAGGGCGCUGGACCUGAGGCACAGCUGAAGCAGGAGGCUUCUAGCCUGAAGGGGGCUCACCCGUCCAGCCAGCAGUCUGAAGUUUCUAGGCCUUCAAAACUAGGGUCCAGGUCCGAGGGAUCACCCCAAAGAGACUCCAAAGAAGCCCAGAUGGUCAAAGGGUUUCCUAAGAAGGUGGGGAAAGUCAAGCCCACUGCUCCAACUCCAGUGAAGCCAACCCAACAAGGGCAGCAAACCCGGAGGGAGGAGGAGGCCAUGAGGAUAGCGAAAGAAUACUGCUGGGAGCCCUUGCACAAGAUCUGCUCUUUCAUCAUUGGCAUCUUUCUGGGCUAAGGAUCGAGCCCGCGGGUUUUUAUUUUUUCAGAGCCCUCUGACAGUUGGAGAAGGAUCCCUUCUUUCUAUAAAGUGCAGUAUCUUUAAAGCCCCUGUCUGUCCUCAGAAUGAAUAAACUACUUGCCUGUUGCCCAUUGAAAGAAUGUUUCAGCUACUGGGUUUUGUUUUGUUUUUUGCUUAUUUGUUUGGGUUAGGGUGGGGGGUUGUUAAUUUUGUGCUGUAUUGGGAAACACUCCCUUUAUGAGUUUAUAGUUCAAAGUGAUAAACUUUAUGUGAGAUUGCAGGGUUCGCUCAGGGGCUUGAGGCCCAAAUGUAGUUUUUACAGCUUAUUUUCAAAUCUUAGAAGCACUAUAGGGAAACUGAAAUACAUUAACAUUAUUCCAUAGUUCUCGGCUUAGCUUUUCUAACAAGGCCUGUAUUUUGCAAUGCUCUGUAUAUGCUAUGUUGAAUGAAUGAAUGAGUGCCUAGAGAUGGGCUGCAGUCCUGUAUGCU